CGAGGAGAGAGAGGGUGGGUGGCGGUGCAACGGAGACGGCUUGGGCCACCGGGUGUUGGCUGCUCGCGGAGAGCGAUCGCUUGGGAGUCCGAGUGCCUGGCUGCGUGACUCUUCCCCCCCGUUUCCCUUCUCUCCUUUUCGGCACCGCGGUUAUUCCUGUGAAGCCCUUGAUCGGCUUCCUCUGGGCCGUGGCUGCUUGAACUGAUGGCCCGGCGCCAGGGCGAGAGACUUCUGUUCGAAUCCCCGGCGAAUCGGGGCCGUGCCGAGGAGGAGCCUCAGCUGUGAGCUCAGGCCCUGCUUGGACCGUCUCCGGAAGGCGACGCAUAGUGAAGUUCCCUUGCUAGGAUGGUGGCUGUUGCCUUUACCAAUUGAUGCACCAUGCCGAUAGUGGACAAAUUAAAAGAAGCCCUAAAACCUGGGCGAAAAGACUCUGCUGAUGAUGUUGAACUGGGUAAACUGUUGGCAGCUUCUGCCAAGAAGAUUUUGCUGCAAAAGAUUGAGUUUGAACCAGCCUCCAAAAACUUCUCCUACCAGCUGGAGAGCCUCAAGAGCAAGUACGUUUUGUUGAACCCAAGAAUAGACAACUGCAGUCGGCACAAGAGCUAUGAAGAGGGACCCAUACGAAAACAAGGUAAUGAGCAUGUGCUGGGAAGUGAUGGGGUGCCAGCUCCCCAAAAGGUCCUCUUUCCUCUGGAGCGACUCUCCCUAAAAUGGGAGCGGGUGUACCGUGUUGGAGCUGGUCUCCACAACCUGGGCAACACCUGCUUCCUCAACUCAACUCUGCAGUGUCUAACAUACACCCCACCUCUAGCAAAUUAUCUGCUUUCCAAGGAGCACAGCCGCAAUUGUCACCAGGGAGGCUUCUGCAUGAUGUGCAUAAUGCAGAAUCACAUGAUCCAGGCUUUUGCCAAUAGUGGUAAUGCCAUCAAACCUGUGUCCUUCAUCAGAGAUCUUAAAAAGAUUGCCCGGCACUUCCGUUUUGGUAGUCAGGAGGAUGCUCACGAGUUCUUGCGCUACACCAUUGAUGCCAUGCAAAAGGCCUGCCUCAACGGUUAUACUAAGUUGGAUCGUCAGACUCAGGCUACCACAUUGGUGCACCAGAUCUUUGGCGGCUACCUCCGAUCUCGUGUGAAGUGCUCCGUGUGCAAGAGUGUUUCAGAUACUUAUGACCCAUACCUGGAUGUGGCUUUGGAAAUUAGGCAAGCAGCCAAUAUUGUACGGGCAUUAGAAUUAUUUGUAAAAGCUGAUGUCUUGAGUGGGGAGAAUGCCUACAUGUGUGCCAAAUGCAAGAAGAAAGUUCCAGCCACCAAGCGUUUUACUAUUCACCGGGCCUCUAAUGUCCUUACCAUCUCACUCAAGCGCUUCGCCAACUUUAGUGGGGGCAAGAUUACCAAGGACGUGGGUUACCCUGAAUUCUUGAAUAUUCGCCCUUACAUGUCGCAGAGCAGCGGUGACCCUGUCAUGUAUGGCCUCUAUGCUGUACUUGUGCAUUCAGGAUACAGCUGCCAUGCCGGGCAUUACUACUGCUAUGUCAAGGCUAGUAAUGGGCAGUGGUACCAGAUGAAUGAUUCUAUGGUACAUUCAAGCAACAUCAAAGUUGUUCUCAACCAACAGGCCUAUGUACUCUUCUAUCUUAGGAUCCCAAGCACUAAGAAGAAUCCUGAAGGACUUGUCUCCAAAAGCAAUUGCUCAAUGCCCAGCCGAACAAACAUCGCCUCUGAUCAUUUGAAGAAAAGUACAACUAAUGGUACCCUUGCAUCACCACUGAUAAGCAAAAGGCAAGAUGCAACUCAGGUUAAGAAGGCUUCAGACAGUGAGGAAUCUGGUGUUCCUGUUUCCCGCAACAUCUUUGUUUCCAACAAUAAAUCUCACAAUGGGAUACUUCCUCCUCCUCUUCCCCAGCUCAUACCUGCCGUUGGAUUCUCAUCUCCGAAACUCCCCAGUAAGGCUGCUUUCUUGGACGACUUAAGCAAGAGAUCCAAGAAGCAGCCACCCUUGUCUCUCAAAACCUCUCAGGACUUUGGUCAGGCUGACAGUGCUAAACUGGAGAUGGCCAAACAGAGCUCCUGGGGAGGCAAGAACUUGGCGGCAUCUUUGCAGCUGUCAGGCAGCUCUGGAGGAACCUCUGAAGCCAAAGGGCAGGAGGAAGGGACAGAGCUCCCAAGCAAGGACUCAUCCUUGACAUCGUCCUCCUCUUCUAGCAGCUCCUCCUCUUCCUCCUCCUCCAGUCCAGCUCACAGGCCAAUUAAGGGACUUUCUCAGGCCACAGUAGGAGCUGACGGCCGCUCUUCCUCUCAGGAAUCGGACUCUGGGUCUGGGAAACAGGCUUCCGAGCACGCCAAGUUUGCCAAGCUGAAGUCACCGCUGUUGGCUAAUUUGGCCCAUCUGGAAUUGGGAAACACCAUGUCGCCCCCUCCUGCAAAGAAACUGGCACUUUCUGCCAGGAAGGGCAGCAACACCCUGCGGAAAGUGAGCGGCAAUGAGCAUCAGGCACCGCCCCAUUCUCCCCCAGCUGCCACAUAUACCACCCAAUUCGUCUGUGCUGCUAGACCUGUCCAACCCAGGAUGCUCUCACCUGCUUCCAAAUCUUCGGCACCACCACAAACAGCUGACAGUCCCUUUGCCAACUUCAAGCCCUCAUCCAGCUUCAAAUCAUGCCUCUCUGCUGCCACCCCUCUUCCAGCACCAGUUGUACCCACAUUGGCACCGCACCUCUCUUAUCCAGGCAACAGCAAAGAGCCAUUAGUUGUCAGCAGUAAGAAGAGAAAAAGGAAGCAUAGCUCCCCAGUGGAAGAGCAGGGUGACCACGGUAGCCGAAACAUGAAAGACUUCAAUGGCGAGAGGACCUGGCUCUCCAGUCCUCCCAGCAAGAGGAGGCAAUUUGAGGAAAAUGGCAGCAUUAUGAUCUCCCCUGCACAGGAAGCCAACUUGGUGAUGACUAGGAAGGGAGAGGAAGAGAAAAGGGCUGGAGACGACAGGGCAAUAGCUACUAGUCAAAGUAAUUCCAUCCAAAAGAAGAAGAAGAAAAAGAAGAAAGGGCUGCAGCAAAGAGAGGAAGACUGCUCCUCUUUGUUGUCCCCUGUGAACAGUUGCUCUCCUCCGCCUGAAGUCAGCUCCUGUAGAACAAAGAAGAGGAAAAAGAAGAAGCAAUUGCCUUCACCCAGUUCAGACAAGAACACUUCUUCUGGAGAGAGUGAGCACCACAAAGAUAAACGAAGAAAGAUAUUGCAUUGUUCCGUGGCUGAGGUCUGUAGCCCCCAAGAAGAACUAAAUGAGAAUGGACUUUCUAUAGCUAGAGAGGGUCUCCCAGCAUUGGCUUGGGGCAACCAGUUCAGACAUAGGGACAAGUUCUCCCUCAAUGUCCUGAGCCCAAAGAAGGAAAUAACGCAGCAUGAAUGUGGACCAGUUGAUGUAGUUCAGGAGCUACUGAAGGAUUCUUUGGAUAAAGCUUAUGGAAAGCAAGUUUUAACAUGGGAUGGUGAAGCAUCUGCUGUCCGCCAGGAUGCCAUGCAUGAUGCUAUAUGGUCCCAGAAGCAGUCCAUCCUUGAUGAUUGGGAUGAAGAAUUUGAUCGUGGAAAGGUAAAAAAAAGUAAGAAGUUCAAACGUGAACGGAGGAGAAACUACAAUGUCUUCCAAAAAUUGCAAAGCAGGCGCAACUUCUGGGCUGUGACACAUCCAGCCAAAGUAGCUAGCCUGAGCUAUCGGCUUUGAAAGAUGAGUCUUGGCUGAAGAAUUGCUGUGGUCAACUUCUACACUGUGGAGCUUCAAGUGACCAGAAUCAUGUUGUUAGCAGUCACCAGUUGCCACUUCUGGGAAGAAGGGCCUCUUCUUCCCUUGAGUAGAGUGCUGCUCUUCAGAAUGCUACGUGGAUGUCACAUCGCUCCUCUACAGCCUCUGGAGAAAGCAGGUUCUUGAUCUUACUAUAUCAGGGGCGCUGCAGGACGCCGUGCCUGUGAAAAGCACUGUCCCAGGGCAACUUGAUGUGGAUUGAGGGGGGGGGGCAGGGCAAUCAGCCCUUGGAAAUGAAACUUUCUGCUGCUCCACACCCAGAAAUCUAGACUUGGUGAGCUGUGAUGCCCUCAGCAACCUUUCCUGCCAAGAGAACUUGAAGUAAACUGAGAACUCUGCCUGGUUUCUAAGAUUAUUGCCUGAAAUAGCCUUUCCCCACUUACCAGCUGUGUCAUUGUGAGUGUAAUUUGUAUGACUUUCCUUUACUUGUGCAUGACCCAUCCCUUGUUUCAGCCUUUCAGAUGAGCAUAAAUUCUCACCACAUUUUUUUCCUCAGGAAUUUUCCACCACCUAUUCUUGCUGAAGAGGAUCCUUGGAACCGAGUUCUGUUCUGCAAGAAAAGCUGGUGGUCUGAUUGGCCUGCCUUUAUUAAACAUGAUUUCAACUAAUUUACAUUCUCAAGGAGCUUGGAAGCAAUUUAUUUAUUGAUGGGAUUUUUGCGAUUUUGAAUGUAUAAACUGAAAACCGAACAUUUGAAGGUCCUUUCACGUUAAAAAAAAAACCCAUUGCAUAUUCUAAACUGGGAACUCUUGAAGUAGGGCAUCUGAUUGUUCAAGUACAUGUCUAUCUUUGCUCUUGUGCAAAUUAAUUUCUGGUGGGCAUUGUUGCACAAUUUGAUAGGCAGAAGCUGAGUCUCCUAGAUCUGAUUCACACAACAGAUUUAUAGUGUUAGAAAGAGGCUGACUGAAUCAUUGCUGCUUUAAGGCAGAAUCUGUUUCUUGCCCAGUUGAAAAGGAACACUAGUUGCCUGCAAGAAUUUUUUUAAUGGGAUACUUCACUAAUAGGAAAAGGGAUUCCUUUGCGCCUGUUGUUGUCUACCAAUACAAUUGCUGCUCUCUGUAAGGCUGACAUAUUUCAUCUGUCAUGCCAAUACUGCACAGUCACUUCUGAGGGGCAGUCCAUGUGCACUCCAUACAUUCUGCAUCUUUCUGUUGUCCAUCCAUUGGCCUUUUUAGCAUUGGUAUCUGUUUUCUCUAUUCACAGAUGGGGUGUGAAGCUUGAAAACUUAAUUCUUUCCACUGCAUAACACACAAAAACUGUUACCAAUUUGGCCCUUGUACCUAUUUUGGGCUCACAAUUAAGACUGUUCUCUGAUGAAGAGGACUCUGAUCCUCUUAUUUCUCUGAGGGGAACAGGGUCUUCUGUUUUACAGUCUUCUGCCAACAUGUAGAUACCCUGAACAUGGGCACACUUUGCACCUCAUACUGGGGUUUAAUGUAAUAGCCCUCAUUGUAGCAAUGGUUCAUGGUGCAAUAAAGGAAUGUUUUGUGUA